UUAAUUUAAUGUGGAAUUAAAAAAAAUAAAAAUCCAAUUAGACCUCAUUAACUGAUGUGGAUGUGCCACGAAGGAUGGCCGAUACAUGUGGAGACGGUGGUCAGCGCCACCACUCCGGCGGGGACGAAAACCAGCUAUUUUCCUUAUGUUCAAGGGUUAAAGUCGGCUUUUACUCCGGCGAGGGACGGAAACCAGCACUCGCUAAAAGUCUAGGGACGGAAAACAUAUUUUACCCUUUAUUUAUUUACUUUUAUCGAUAAUUCUAUUGGUUCACUAGGAUGGGUUAAGUUAUCCUGAUGAAUCAAGAUUAAUUUAGACAAGCCAUUCUAAAACCUUGGUGCCCUAACCUCCCACCCAGUGUCUUCUCUGCACUGCAUCUCGUCCCUCUACUCCUCUGUGCCAGAACCGCUGUUCGGUGGACGAAGUCACGUGCUCCACACUCCUCUCAUCGCCUUUGCACGUGUCUGGGCUUCACCGUGUUCACUUCUUCAAGCAAAUCCCCAGAUUCAAAUUAUGAAUAAUAUUUCUGGAAGACCACUUAAUGGAGAAGUAGAAGAUGAUGAUGAAGAUGAAGCUAAUGGUGGAGGCCUUGAAGCCUGGGAGAGAACUUAUGCUGAAGAUAGAUCAUGGGAGUCUUUGCAAGAGGAUGAAUCUGGACUUCUUCGCCCCAUAGAUAAUACAGCCAUUCACCAUGCCCAGUAUCGCAGGCGCCUUCGUGCCCUUGCAUCCAAGGCAGCUACUGCACGAAUUCAGAAGGGUCUUAUACGAUACCUUUACAUUGUUGUAGACCUGUCCAAGGCAGCUGCUGAGACGGACUUUCGACCAAGUAGGAUGGCUGUGAUAGGGAGACUGGUUGAGACAUUUAUCAGGGAGUUCUUUGAUCAGAAUCCACUUAGUCAUGUUGGCCUGGUUACCAUAAAAGAUGGGGUUGCUCAUUGCUUAACAGAUCUUGGUGGCAGUCCUGAGUCCCACAUCAAAGCUUUGACGGGUAAACUGGAGUGCUCAGGUGACGCAUCCCUACAAAACGCACUAGAGCUUGUUGUUGGCUAUCUAAAUCAAAUCCCAUCAUAUGGUCAUCGUGAAGUUCUGAUCUUAUACUCGGCUCUAAGUACAUGUGAUCCUGGUGAUCUCAUGGAAACCAUCCAGAAAUGCAGAAAGAGUAAAAUAAGGUGCUCUGUCAUUGGUCUUGCUGCUGAAAUGUUUAUAUGCAAACAUAUCUGCCAAGAAACAGGAGGAACUUAUUCUGUUGCACUAGAUGAGUCCCACUUUAAAGAGUUAGUUCUAGAGCAUGCUCCACCACCUCCAGCAAUAGCAGAGUAUGCUACUGCUAACUUAAUUAAGAUGGGUUUCCCACAAAGAGCAGCUGAGGGUUCAGUUGCAAUUUGUACUUGUCAUGAAGAGGCUAAGACCGGAGGGGGAUACACUUGUCCAAGAUGCAAAGUUCGUGUCUGUGAGCUUCCUACUGAAUGUCGCGUCUGUGGAUUAACCCUUAUUUCUUCACCCCAUUUGGCAAGGUCAUAUCAUCAUCUCUUUCCUAUAGUGCCAUUUGAUGAAAUCUCUCCAUCGUCUCGAAAUGAUCCAAGCCACAGUUUCUCCAAUACUUGUUUUGGUUGUCAACAAAGUCUUCUUAGUCAGGGAAACGUGCCUGGAAUUUCGGUUACUUGCCCAAAAUGCAAACAACAAUUCUGCCUUGAUUGCGACAUCUACAUUCAUGAGAGCUUACAUAAUUGCCCAGGCUGUGAGAGUUUCAGGCAUUCUACGUCAGUAACUGCUGCCCAAUGAUUGCAUACCUUCUGCCCUGAAAAAGUUGCCAUCUAAAUGGUGUUAAUAUACUGUCUCUCAUUGCUAUAUUACAUCCACCUACCUGACUCAUGAAUGAGUUCUGGUGCAAAGUGACUGACUAACAUUAUCAUCAAUGAUCACAAUGAUUUGGGCUUGAUGCAAGUUCUUAGAGAGUCAACGCUUCACAGGCAGGAAAACAUUAGUGAUAUUAUUUAUACAAGGGUGACAUUUUUCUCUUAUCAUUUUAAAUUCUUAUCUUCCUUUUCCUUCUUUUGUUCUUUGCUGGAAGUUGAGGCACAUGUGAGAAUACCUUUUAUUUUACUCCAUGUUAAAGUUGAGCAUGAAUAUCUCCAUCAGCAGUUUUUUUAUCAAUGGGCUGACACCACCUUUCUUGCUAGCA